AUGGUGAUGACGGGUAUUUGCAUGCUCAAGGGUGACAGUCCAGUGCAGGGCACCACCCACUUUGAGCAGAAGGCAAGCAGCAGUGAGCCAGUUGUGGUGUCAGGACAAAUCACAGGAUGGACUGAAGGCGAGCAUGGGUUCCAUGCCCAUCAGUUUGGGGAUAAUACACAAGACUGUACCAGUGCAGGGCCUCAUUUUAAUCCUCACUCCAAGAAACAUGGCGGACCAGUAGGCCAAGAGAGGCAUGUUGGAGACUUGGGCAAACAUGACCGACCAGUAGGUCAAAAGAGGCAUGUUAGAGGCUUGGGCAAUGUGACUGCUGGAAAGGAGGGUGUGGUCAAUGUGUCCCCUGAAGGUUGUGUGAUCACACUCUCAGGAGAACAGUCCAUCAUUGGCCAUACAAUGGUGGUCCAUGAGAAACAAGAUGACUUGGGCAAAGGUGGAAAUAAUGAAAGCACAAAGACUGAAAAUGCCAGAAGCUGCUCAUGGCUGGUGGUGUGA